GGCAGUGUUUACUGAGGCCACCGGAACUUCCGGUUAUAAAACGGUCUAUGUUGUUUACAUUAUAAGUUUUGCUUUGGUUUGAAUUCUAAAACACGUAAUAUUUAAAGAAAAAAAAUUUUUGAUGGCUAAAAAAGUGUCGAAAAAUGGAGGCACUUGUUCGGCUUUGGGAUGCACGAUGAGGAGAGGAACAAAUUUGUUGUCAGCGAUCCAAAUGUUUAAAUUUCCUAAAGACCCUCACCGUCGAACUGAAUGGACAAAUGCCAUUAAAAGAAAGGACUGGAAACCAUCCGACUACAGUUUAUUAUGCAGUAAGCACUUUAUAGAAGGAAAGCCAUCACUUAACCCUGAUCAUCCAGAUUACAUUCCUUCUGUGUUUGAGUUUUCAAAAAUGGAUGGACAGAAAAAGGUUGAAAGAUUUGAAAGAAAUAAAAAGCGUAAAAUAUUUGAUGUACAACAGACUUCUUCAGAUAUGGAUGCUAAUAAUUCAUUUUGUGAUGAACCUGUUGCUGAAAUAGGAACACAGACUGAUGACAUUUUUCAAUCAGAAGCAUUUGCUCAGACGGACAACGAUAUUAUUGAAGAAUUGCAACAAGAAAAUGCCACAUUAAAGAAAAGAAUUGCUGAGCUCGAGGCUGAAAAUUCAGUGAUGAGGAAAAGUUUGACUCAUGUGCCAGUCUAUGAUACAAUCACGACCAAAUCAAAUAAAUUGUUCAAAUUUUAUACGGGGCUGGAAAAUGUUGUGGUAUUCAAUUGCUUGCUGACAUAUUUAUUGUCUGCAUGGAAGCCACAACAUAAAAGUUUGCAGCCUUGCGAAGAAUUUCUUCUUGUGCUGAUGAAAUUGAGAUUAGGUUUGCUUAAUCUUGAUUUAGCAACAAGAUUUAACAUCUCAGUUUCAUCAGUUAGCAAGAUUUUUCACUCGUGGUUGGAUGUAAUGAUGAUCAAUUUACAAAGAUUAAUCAUUUAUCCUUCCAUGAGAACUAUUUGCAAAAGCAUUCCAAAUUGCUUUAAAGAUGUUUCUUUGGGCAAUGUGAGCUGUAUCAUAGACUGCACAGAAAUUUUCAUUGAAAAGCCGAAAAAUUUAAAUGCACGAGCUCAGACGUAUUCAAACUACAAAAACCACAAUACAAUGAAAUUUCUUGUUGCAAUUCUUCCAUCUGGAAAUAUUUGCUUUGUUUCGAAAGCAUGGGGUGGCAGGGUGUCCGACAAACACAUUACUGUGCACAGUGGUUUCCUCGAUAUUCUACGGCUGGAUGACCUGGUUCUGGCAGAUAGGGGCUUUAGAAUCGAUGAGAUAAUUAGAGCAAGGGGUGCUAAACUGCAGGUACCUGCCUUUACAAAAGGUAAAGCCCAGCUAAGUCAGCCUGAAGUAGUAACGUCGAGGAAACUUUCUAAAGUGCGUGUGCACGUAGAAAGAGCAAUUAGAAAAAUUAAAACUUUUCGGAUAUUAGAAGGCACCCUGCCAAUCUCCAUGGUUAAGAAAAAUGAAAAAGGGGAAUUGUCAACUGUUGACAAAAUAUUACCCGUUGUUUGUUCCCUGAUCAAUAUUGGGAAUCCCUUAAUAAAAGAUCUUUAAAUCUGAA